AUGGGCGAGCUGUGCGCGCCGGGCGAGCCAAGCUUCGAGCUGACCUCCCAGGCCUCCCCAGCCCAAGAGCUCAGCGCCUUCCGAGAGGAGCUCCGACGCUUUGCUGCCUACCGCGAGCAGCCAGAGAUUCACAGCUCCGGCUUUGCAGGUUCAGACUACUGUGGCUACUCCACCACGGGCAGGCAUGGAGAGGCUGGUUUCUCGAAGGAUGAAAGUAGCCACUCUCAAGCUCGCUGCGGAAUCCCCAUGACUGGGGGCCAGGUAGGGUUGGAGGAAGCGGAGUGGGUAGAUCUGCCUCGUCCAGAUCCCCCAAGCUUGCCGCGAGGGCUAACAGCACGGCUUGGCUGGGUGGCUGAGUUGGCCAAGGAGCCAAAGGAGUCGCUUAUUGGCCAAGUGAACGAAAUGAGCGGAGCCUUGGCCGAGCCGGAUCGCACGGAUUGGAGGUUCAAGCAAGCUAUGCGUCCCAGCCAGGCUCUUUUCCCAAGUGUUGACUCAACAAUCCUCGGCCGUUCCGCUGAAGCUGAAGUGUCUGAAGUGAAUGCAGGAAUUGCAGGAAUUGCGGGAGAGCAGAUGUGGGAGGAACGGGAGGUAGCUAGGUUGCGAAGCGAGCUGAGAGCCGCCGAGACGAAGCACACCUGCCUCUACGAUUGCUUUCAAGAGAUGGAGGGGCGCCAGGUGGAGUUGCUUGCAGAGCUGAAGGCGUUUCAGCUCGAAAUCAACCAGGAGCAGCUCCAUGUGCAGGAGCUCAAAGAUGUGAAGGCAGAGUCCGAUGGCCCCACUGCCCUGAGCAAACAGGCAGCCCGGGAGUUGACGGCGGCAGGAGCGAAGCUGUUCAGACUUCUCCAGGCGCAAUAUGUCAUGGGUCCUCUGGGUGGCGAAGUGUCCAGCCACCAGAGGCCCUUGUACACACUGCCAAAGCGCUCGUCCUUCGAUGAAGCCGCGCGGACGCUCCUCUCAGAGAUGUCUGCGUCUCUUCAAGUCCUACAAGAGCCUGUUCAGCCUGUUCUGAAUCACAUUGUCGCUGGCAUUUGUGGGAUUUGUGGUGCAUGCGAUGCCGAAGCCGACGGGGAUGCCGAUGAAGGUGAUGGGAAGAAGCGUGUCAAGCGGAAGAUGGCGAUUGUCAUUGGCUUCAUCGGAACAAGGUAUCGGGGACUCAUGAUCAAUCCAGAGGUGGAGCCAUCAGCAACCAAGAAGUCCGUGGAGGCUCUUCGCGUCUUCGCGAAUUCUGUGACAAUCGCUAUGCGCAGACCCAUGUGA